CGCACACCAUGACCAUCGAAAAAUAUAUCGACCAAUAACGGCAGAAAAAAUAGCCCUCUCUUUCGUCACAACGAAAGGUCGGACGCUGCAUAGUCUACGGUGUAUGUGAGACUACGAUGGUUGGCUGAUUAGCCAUCCAUGAUAGCCCAUCAUCCAUCUGCAUCUUAUUUGGAAUGUCAAAGGAUCCUAAAAUUAAACGGUGACAUUCCGAUAUCUAUCUAUUAACUUUUUCUUAUUCGAAACUUUACAAAGCAAUAUAUAACUCUUUAUAUAUGCUUAACCAAGUUUCUAAUUUAGAACAGGUAUAUGUACUAAAAAGGUGUUAUUACCUAGCAUUAGUUGACCUGAAUUAUAGAGUGGUCUUUAAUAUCUUAUCUAAUACUUUCAUAGCAUUGAAUAGAUAAUUUAUUAAAGUAACCGUUACUUUGCGGAAGUCGCGAAUAACAAAAUUACACUAUUUUCCAUACAAAAAAAUCCGAAAAAUCAAUGCGAGAAAGCAACUCUCAAAAUGCACUCAACGCACUCUUCUCAGGAAAUCUCCACUCAACGAUAUCAUUUGAGUUAUAUCUUAACAUCUUUGCAGCCCCUUUGGCGUAAAGAAAACUCACUCUAACAGUACAAAUAUUUAUUCUAGUUACAGUUACAUUAUUCAUUCGCAAAGAAUUCAAAGAUUUGUAUGUCAUUACCUCGAACAAUAUGCGUAUGUAAAUGCUUUACUCUCGGUCGAAUUGAAAGAAACGGUGACACAGUGCGCUAAUGACAUGAAACCAUUUCACCAAAAGGUGUUAAAAGUGAUAAUUGGUCGUGACAUGCGGACUUUUCAAGAAAGCGUCUCUAUCCGUUAGUUGUCCUCCGAUCGUCUUCUAAAAGCCUUGGUUUUGGAUUUAAAAAUUUAAAAUGUUUAGAAUCGAAUUUAUUAUUUUAACGUUAAUUAUUAAUACAGUGAUUAAAAUCAGCUCAGUGUUUGCUAUAUUUACCAGCAGGAACGUUGAUUGUGGUACCUAUGGUUUUAUUUGCGAUGGUGUUUCGAGACUGAGGUUGUGCGAAGGCGACAAAAUCCUGGGUCCCGCUUUCAUUUGCCCGGAAAACACUAUGUGCAAUGAAGAGUCUACAGACGUUUGUGAAAACGCCAUAAACUAUAUCGAUCCAUCCAUAACCAGGGAUCUUCGAUGCUACCGCAGUGAAAGGAUAGCAGACACAAGCGUGCCGGAAUGCAAAGGUUACAUCCUGUGUAUUCCAAACAAGAACCGUUUUCAAGGCAUCAAGUUCAAAUGUUCUGGGAACACGAUUUUUAAUGGAUACACCCGAACGUGCACGUCUCCCGAAAAGUACAAAUGCCCUUUAGGCAAUUCGACGAAGACAAAAGUGCACUACUUCGGUCAAGCUGAUAGAAGAGUGGAUAGCAACCGUGGCGAAGCUUUCCAUAAUCCUAGUUCGAAUGUUCAAGGUCAUAGACCUAUUGAUUGUGGUAGCUACAGAUUCACAGUCACGCAAGACGGUAGCCCUACCCGAGCCACAUACUUUUGCCCUUCGCGACCCGUCAGAGGAGAGUCCACCGUACGAUGUACGGUGUUUUCAAACCAUUUUUGUAUAACACUGGAAAGAGAUGACCAAGAUCAGUUUAUCCAGAACACAGGUGCUGCGUUUCGGAGACCUCGCCAAAUGUUAUAGCAAUAUAAUCCAGAAAAUUUACUUCUUUCAAAGCUUUGUCGAUAUAUUCCAAGCGACCUUGCAAUAUUGUAGAAUUAAAAUAAGGAGGAAAUUAGAAAUUCUAUCUAGUAUUUUAAAAAUAAGACUGAAAUAUAAAGGAAAUAAAAUUUAUUUAAAUG